AUGUAAUAAAUUCCGAAUUUAGAAAAGGAUGAUUUUAUUGAAAAUUUUAAAGUUAAAAGCGAACUAGGAAAGGGGUCAUAUGGUGCAGUAAAAUUUUGAUAUUAAUCAAGGUUUAUUAAGUUAUUGACCCUAAUGGAUAGGAAUAUGCUCUUAAAUGUAUGUAUACAAGCCGUUUUAAUGAAGUCAACGGAUAUGUGGGAAAUUUAAUUUAGAAUGAAGUGGAAGCCUUAAAAAAACUUUAAAGUUAAUAUAUUGUUAAAUUAAUAUCAACUUUUUAUUCGGGUUAUCAAGGAGAAUCUCUUUUUUGCAUGUUAUUGGAAUAUUGCGAUGGUAAUUAUUAAAUGCUUUUCUUUAGGUGGAAAUCUAUUAGAAUAUUUACUUAGAGAGUAAGAUACAUUUACUUAAUAAAAUGCCAUUAUUUUUUUCAAAUAAAUCCUUUAAGGAAUGAAGGAAAUCCAUUAGAAGAGGAUAAUUCAUAGAGAUCUCAAAUUAGCUAAUAUUUUGAUACACUAAGAUCAAAUAAAAAUUGCUGACUUUGGCUUUUGUCAUAUCUUAAAUUCUGAUGUAAUCAUCUCAUCUAACAUUAAGACAAGCUAAAUUAAUGUGAAUUUAGGUACUCUCGGCACUUAAGCACCAGAAGUUUUGGAUGAUCAACCUUAUGGAUUAAAGUCAGACAUGUUUUCAAUAGGUGUUAUUUUUUACUAAUUAUUGUUUAUUGCAUAUCCAUUUAGCGUAAAAAAUUAGGAGACCUUUUAAAAUGAAGUCUCAAAUUUAAGUAUUUUUAAAAAGAAUUCUUUAGAUCCACCUUCAUUUUCGAAAAAUGGAAGAAAAGUAGAAAAAUAUUUGGAAGAAUUACUUACCGAAAUGUUAAGAAAAGAUCCAGCCAAAAGAUUAGAUUGGACAGAUCUAUUCAAAUCCAAGUUAUUUCAAAAUAGUUAUUCAUGUAUUCUAAAGAUGAUAUAAAGAAAUGUUUUUAUCUACUAUUGAUGAUGCAAUAGACCCUGUCCAAAGCUAUAUUUUUUAUCAAUAGCAAUAUCUCGACUCAAAUGUUAAAACUGAUAAAAAAAAAACAACAUAUCUUGAUCUAGAAUCUCAAAUAUCAUUUUUAACGUACAUUCAAGAAUUCAGCUACAAAGUUUAUCAUAGAUAGAUUUUAAUGGUAAAAUGAAUAACAUAUUUAGUGUCUUUUUCCGUGUUUCCUAAUGUAUAAACUAUUAUAUAAAAAAUAAAUGGAGCACUAGGAUUAUAAUUAAAAGAUGGUUUAUGAUCUCACCAAUACCCAUUAAAUUCUAACCUACCAGCAUUAAGUUGUAAUGUAAUGACUUCUCUUAUUUUUUCAGGGCAAAUCAUGAUAAACUUAAAAAAUUAAAGAUCAUUCAAUAGAAUUGGGAACUUGAAAUAAUAAAUCUAUCAUUGAGUUCAUAAUUUUAGAAUAUAUUUUCAGAAGCUCUAUUGAAAUAUUUACUAAUUCUAAGAUAAGAAAUCUUAAAGGAUACAGAAGAAUACAAAAUUGAUUGGUAAUAAAUCUUGAUUUUUUAAAAUCAUACUAACAAUGAGAAGAUUCAUGAAGUGCUUUAAAAAAUAAAGUUUUUUGUCUUAAUUCAUAAAGUUCUAUCUUUAGAAACAUUAGAAAAAGAAGUAGUUGAUUAAUUACUCAGCAACAACACUCAAAAUAACUAUUUAUAAGUAGUCUACAUUUAUCAGAGCAUAAAAUUAGGUUGA